CUUAAGUUAUAACCACCUACAAUCCUACUCCCUUUCAACCUCAUCUUGUUCUGCAAUUCCCUUUCAAUCAGAUUAAUCCAUCGCCAAAUCUGGAGACCCGAACCAAAUCGACUCUAAUCUACGGAGUAGCGGACCUCCAAUUUUUACCCCGCGCUACCUACCUUAUCUACCUCAUCCCCCUUCACCUCCAUUCUAUCUCCUCUCUCCAACCCACGACCACCAAAACCACCACCCACCAUGUCCACCUACGAAGUGGAACACAACACCACCGACCCCUCAACUACAACCUCCGCGCGCCGCCGCCGCCCCGACCUCUCCACCUUCUUCGCGACGCUCUCAGAGAUCAGCCCCGACGAGACCGGCCGUUCGCGUCCCCACGCAGUCCCCGUGCCCCACGAUGUCAGCGCCGCGUUCUACUCCCUCGCCGAGGCGUUCGAGGUCAUGCGUCGCGAAGGGCCAGGGAUCGUGACGCCCGCGGGGAGCGGUGAUGGCGAGGCUGGCGCAGGGAGUGAGGGGGGCCUGUUGACGGAGAUGAUUCAGUCGUUGUUGAAUCAGGCGGAGAUGCCACCGAAGGAAGUCGAGGGUGUGAGUGAGGAGUUCUGUGAUGUACUCGACCGCGUCCCCCGAACAUCCCUAAAGCCGGACCAGACCUGCCCUAUCUGCAACAAUCCCUUCCUGGAGGAUCAAUACCCGCUCGUUGUGCGACUGCCGUGCCAUCCGACGCAUCUGUUUGAUAUGGAGUGUGUGCGGCCGUGGUUGCGCCUGCGGGGAACGUGUCCACUCGACCGGACGGAUUUCGCGAAGCAGGAGCGGGAGAAGGCGGAGGCGCGGAAGAAGGUCGCGGAGGAUGAUGAUGAGGAGGAGUGGGAUGGAAUGUAUGGUUAAGCACUUGGUAUGCAUUGAGGAUUGGAGUUGUUACCGAUGGAAAUAAUGGUAGGAAAGAUUGGUAAGCACUGUAUAGUGAACGGAUGAUAUGAUUGAUGACAUGAGUGAUGCAUGUGCUAUCAUUUAAGCUGGAGACGCAAAAUAUAGUAAAUAAAAAGACAUCCAACACAUUAUUCAAUUGAUUUCAUAAAAAUA